UAUGGUUCCUCCUUCCUCGAUUCUUUUCCUUUGGAUUUAAUUCUCAGAUAAAAAAAAAAGGAAGAAGAAGGGAGAAACAGUUAUUCAAUGGCGUGGUAAUGGAAGCGCCCGACGCCGGACUACGGCGAGCUUUGGUGUUGGCGUUUUUCGUAGCUGGAAUUUGGUCCGCCUAUAUUUACCAAGGCGUUCUUCAGGAAACUCUAUCCACCAAGAGAUUUGGCCUUGAUGGGAAGAGGUUUGAGCAUCUUGCGUUCCUUAACUUGGCUCAAAAUGUGAUCUGUUUAGUUUGGUCAUACAUAAUGAUCAAGCUUUGGUCUAGUAGUAGCAGAGGUGGUGCACCAUGGUGGAUUUAUUGGAGUGCUGGAAUCACCAAUACAGUUGGUCCAGCCAUGGGAAUUGAAUCAUUGAAAUACAUCAGUUACCCUGCUCAGAUGCUGGCAAAAUCCUCAAAAAUGAUUCUAGUCAUGCUGAUGGGUACUCUAGUUUAUGGUAUUCAAUACUCUUUGCCCGAGUAUAUCUGCACAUUCCUUGUGGCUGGAGGAGUAUCUAUGUUUGCACGUAUGAAGACAAGCUCAAAAACAAUUAGCAAGUUGGCACAUCCGAAUUCACCCCUUGGAUUCGCGCUCUGUUUCUUGAACCUUGCAUUUGAUGGCUUUACUAACGCCACUCAGGAUUCAAUAAAUACAAGGUAUCCGAAGACAAGUGCUUGGGAUGUAAUGUUGGGAAUGAACUUAUGGAGUGCAAUAUACAACAUGAUCUACAUGUUUGGUUGGCCACAAGCUAGUGGCUUCGAGGCAGUCCAAUUCUUCAAGCUGCAUCCAGAAGCAGCUUGGGAUAUUUUGCUGUAUUGCCUCUGUGGAGCCAUCGGCCAGAAUUUCAUUUUCUUGACCAUAAGUCGAUUCGGAUCCUUGGUGAACACCACUAUUACCACAACGCGCAAAUUCGUCAGCAUUGUGGUGUCUUCUCUGAUGAGUGGCAAUCCACUGUCCACAAAGCAAUGGGGUUGUGUACUCAUGGUUUUCUCAGGUUUGUGUUACCAAAUCUACCUUCAGUGGAGGGAUUCACAGGACCUGCAGAAGAAGAGAAAGGCCUGAACGAUGUUUACAUUAACCCUUUUUAUGUCCCCCCGAUCAUUUUUUAUAUAUCUUUUACUGCCCCACGAAAUAAUAUCAUUGCAGCCUAAGGUUCAAUGAUCCCAAAAUUAUAAAACAAAACUUAGGAUUCUCAACUGCAUAUAUCUCAUUUGAGAAAACA